AUGAUCUUCGCUAGGUUGAUGCGGUUUUCGCUGUUGUCGCUGGCUUGGGCGUUCCAGGCUGCUGCUACAAUCUUGGAGAAUGGGCAGGAGAGGCUGAAUCCUUAUCCUGGGCAGGCUGAGCAGGUGUCUGUUGAUGAUUCUUGGAAGAGUUACGGGGCCGACGCGUCGGAGAUCUCGUACAAGGGGAGGUGGGAUAGUACUUAUACUUCUUUGUUCCUGGUGUCAAGUUUGGAUUUACGGGCGAUAAGGUAUGCUCUACUGCAGCUUGGAGUUGAGCUCUAUCAGUGGCUGACAUUCCGGCAGCUCGCAGUGAGCUUUGGUGAACACACGUCGAAGGAUGUACUUGUGGCUUAUCGGAUUGGUGGGCUUGAUUGGGAGUUUUCGAAUGUUACGGCCAAUUCAGCCUAUCAGUUUGUCGAGCCUGGAUCGUCGGCACUGAAUGAAACAGAGUAUACGGAUCACAAGACGUUUGAACUGCGAGUCCAAAUUGAUAGCGUCUAUGUUGCUUCGGACGCGCGGUUGGUAAAAGCCGCAGAGUUCAAUAGAACUGUAGAGAUCAUUGGAGAUUCGCUCGCAUCAGGGCAGUACGCUACUUAUGAGGGUCUCGCCUCGUGGGGUUUUAACUUCGCGGCCGGUUUAGGCAAUGCUGAGUAUACGAUCACUACAUAUCAAUGGUCCCGUGCCUCAGAUGUGGGCGACCGCGCGAAUGCAGCCUUCGGCGACAAACCUGAAGCGUGGAAUUUCACCGCUCAUCGUGUGGCUGACCUGGUGAUCAUCAAUUUGGGUACGAACGAUGCUAGAACAGUGAAUAAUGUCCCCAGCGACGAUUACUACCAGAGCUACGUUAAGAUGGUGGAGAACGUGCAUGGCGUUUGGCCUGAUGCGCAGAUUGUCCUCAUGGUACGCCAUUAUUCUCACGUGUCGAUCGGUUUAUGCUAA